GCCCCGCGGGGGUGCCGGACCCCGGGAAGCGCCCCGGGCGGCGGGGACGGGUUCCGAGGGGGCGGCGGGCGCUCGGCCUCGCCGCGUCGGGGUCCAAGCGGGCGCUCGCGUAGCGCCCCCGGGCUCCGCAGGCCCAGCGCCUCGGUGGCGGUUCCCGGGCCGGGACCCGCCCCGGUGGAGGCGGCCGCGCUGACGCCGGGACGCCCGCAUCCGACGGCUGCACCUGCUUUCAAAACUCGACUGCUUUCUUCCCAGGAGGAUCCCGUUCUGGAGCGAUAUUUUAAGGGUCACAAAGCUGCGAUCACGUCCGUGGACUUCAGCCCCAACGGCAAACAACUUGCUACUGCUUCUUGGGAUACGUUCCUCAUGCUAUGGAAUUGCAAGCCGCAAGCUAGAGCUUUCAGAUAUGUGGGUCACAAGGAUGUGGUAACCAGCGUGCAGUUUUCCCCACUUGGAAACUUACUGGCAUCCGCUUCUCGAGACAGAACCGUUAGACUCUGGAUUCCUGAUAAGAGAGGAAAAUCCUCUGAAUUUAAAGCUCACACGGCUCCAGUUCGAAGUGUAGACUUUUCAGCCGAUGGCCAGUUUCUAGCUACCGCUUCUGAAGACAAAUCUAUCAAAGUAUGGAACAUGUUCCGCCAGCGUUUCUCAUAUUCCUUGUACCGACAUACACACUGGGUACGCUGUGCCAAAUUUUCACCUGAUGGAAGGCUAAUUGUAUCAUGUAGUGAAGAUAAAACUGUUAAAAUUUGGGAUACCGCAAAUAAGCAGUGUGUUAAUAACUUCUCAGAUUCUGUAGGGUUUGCAAAUUUUGUGGAUUUUAACCCUAAUGGUACAUGCAUAGCUUCAGCAGGUUCUGAUCAUACCGUGAAAAUCUGGGAUAUAAGAGUAAACAAAUUGCUCCAGCAUUAUCAAGUUCACAGCGGUGGAGUUAACUGUGUAUCAUUCCAUCCUUCGGGUAACUAUCUCAUCACUGCGUCCUCAGAUAGCACACUUAAGAUUCUGGAUCUCUUAGAAGGAAGGCUCAUAUAUACACUUCAAGGACAUACGGGACCUGUCUUUACUGUUUCAUUUUCAAAAGGUGGAGAGCUAUUUAGCUCCGGAGGUGCAGACGCACAGGUCUUAUUAUGGAAGACUAAUUUUGAUUACUUGAGUUGUAAAGAUAUUAUUAAAAAAAAUCUCAAAAGAUUACAUUUUGACUCAUCACCACAUCUUGUUGAUAUAUACCCAAGAACACCACACCCUCAUGAAGGAAAAAUUGAGACUGUUGAAAUCAAUCCAAAGCUUGAGGUCAUCGAUUUGCAGACUUCUUCUCCCCCUGUUGUGGACAUCCUUUCUUUUGAUUCUGCUACGACAACAGAUACCACUGUUAGAACCUCAGCAGACAAGGGUGAAGAGAUCAACAGCUAUUUCUUGAACCCUUCUUUAUUGUCAUCGGACUGUUCACCAGCGGCCUUGAAAAAGAAAACCGAAGACAUGAGUGACUUCCCCUCUGAGAGCCAGCGAAGCGUACCGCUCGCCGUGACCGAUGCUUUAGAGCAUAUCAUGGAACAGCUCAAUGUACUGACACAGACUGUUUCAAUCUUGGAGCAGCGACUGACUUUGACCGAGGAUAAGCUGAAAGACUGCCUUGAAAAUCAGCACAGGCUUUUCAGUGCUCUCCAGCAGAAAAGUUAAAUAGAAAACUAUGAGCAGAGGCAUGAUAAAUGAACACAUGUACAUAGUCUCUGGAAGGUAGCACGAGAUGCUUCCUUCAUGCAACACAACCGUGUACUGAUUAUCAUGAUCAUGACGUCUCUUAAAAGGGUGAGCAACAGAACCAAAGGCAGAAAAGGUAUAAUUAACGACCAAUUUAAACACACAAAUCAAUGUCAAGGACUAAUUCAAAUCAUUACCAUUUAUGAUUGCAGUAAUAAAGUGAUAAGUAUUCAA